GAUUUACUUUUUAUAUUUUUUUUUUAUUCGAUCUUAGGUCCUAAAGUUAAAAAAAUCAUGCCUGAGUGUAUUACCUGCCCCGGCGCGCUUCCAUUCGAGCCGCCAUCGCCAUGUCGAGAAAGAACCAAACGCUGCUGCUCCAGAUGCUGCAAGAAGAAGAAGAUUCUCAACCCUUGCUACAAGCAGCCGAAGAUCCCCGAAUCCUUCGCCCCUCGGCGGUGCUAUGCGCGGCCCACAGCGCCCGUGGAGUGUUGCACCACGUACAAGAUGUCGUACCUGCCGGGGUGCGCGGACCGCGGGGCUCCGGUCCGCCCCGAACCCAAUAUAGUGCCCAGCGCCGCGCCGAUGGACUGCGCUACUGUGCAUAAGCUGUCCUACCUCCCGAACCCCGCGUGCCUCACUCGGCCGAUCAAGCCGUGCCACCACGACCUGCUGGGCCGCGGGCCGAUGGCCGCCAUCACGACGCAGCGUCACGACUACGUGCCCAAGGCGGUCGCGCCGCGCCGCAGCCGCCGACCGCCGCAUAAGAGGAUGGAGUGCUGCGAACCUGUUGAGAGUUGCACUGUAAAUCGUAUGUCGUAUUUGCCCCCCGAGCGGUGCGACGUGGCCAAGUCCUUCGCACCGAAGCGCUGCUACGAGCGACCAGUAGCCAAGAUGGACGACUGCACUACACACAAGCUGAGCUAUAUACCUAACCCGGUUCUACCCAAAGAGCCGCUCCCCUGGGCGAGCAAAGGUUGCUACCAGCCGCCCUGCUACCCCAUAGAAGCUAACACCGUGUACAAGAUGAGUUACUUGGAGACCGGGGGCUGCUGCCGUCGCGAGCCGAUCCGGCCGAGCGCCGCCCUCCUGCCAGUCUACACACCCCUCGACUCCAACACCAUAUACAGAAACAGCUACCUGGGCACUCGGGCGGAGGUGCCGACGCCGGUGCGGCCGCUACACAACCUCGUCCGCUCCUGCGAGCCCAUGGCUGGGGACACCGUGCAUAAGCUCUCCUAUCUACCGGUAUGUGGCUGCCCGCGUCAGCCGAUCAGGCCGUGCGACCACCGCCUAGGCGGCUGCGGCCCCAUGCAAGCCCUCACCACACAGAAACACGACUACACGCCCAAGCCGCCCGCCCUGCGUCAGCCAUACUGCCCCAAGCCUGCCAAGAUGGAGAGCGCGCCGUUUGAGAGUUGCACGGUGAACCGACUGUCGUACUUGGCGCCGGGCCGCGUGCCCGUGCCCGCCUCCUUCGCGCCCGCUAGAUACUACGAGAAACCCGCAGCGGCGAUGGAGAACUGCACGACACAGAAGCUGUCCUACCAGCCGGUGUGUCCGCCCGCGCCGCAGACCCCGCCCUGGGCGCGGAAGCCCGCCUACCAGCCGCCCUGCACCAGGCUGGACGACACGACGAUCUACCGCGCGUCUUUCCUGCCGCCGGGCGAGGACUGCUCGCACUACACGGACCCCUGCGCACAGGGAGACUGUCCGCCGUGCUGUUGCCCACCGACGCCGACUCUUUCAGACUGCGCCUGCGACUACCCCCGAGCGGAGUGCUGCACGUAGUUUUUUAGUUAGCACAAUGAUGUCCUCGUGUUGUCCUGUACUGUCCUCGUAUAAUAAAUAUUUCUUAUACACAUA